AUGCCGCCCAGACGCUUCGUGGAGACGGAGGAGACCUUCCACUUCUUCAACGAGGACGUGGUACUGGGCACCAACGAGAUCCGCACCGACGACGCGAGCAGCAGCAGCAGCGACAGCGACAGCAGCGAGACCAGUCGCCUGCGCCGCGCCAGACGUCGACGCCGAGCCAGCAGCGUCGUCUCCAGGCGCACGUCGCGCAGACUAAGCCAGCUGCUCAAUGGCAGCAUCGCCUCGGAGCUCGAGAGUCUCCAGGAAGACGGCCUCAGCGACAGCGACGAAGAUUAUGACUCACUGGACGACUUCGAGCUUGAAGAAGAGGAGGAGGAGAAGGUCAAGGCUCGAGAGAGGAAGGAUUCCACCACGGAGGGAGAUGCAGAGGCUCAGAAUGCAUCCGCUGCAGCUACGGCGGGAACGAAAGUGCCCGGUGUUGGACCUGCUACGUUUGAGCAGAUUUUCGAGCCGUUCCGGGAUCUGUACGCGCCGCCACCGAGGCCCGUAGGAGAUGGAGAAGAAGCUGAUUGGACGCAGACGUCGAAGCUGUCCACAAGGCAACAAAGGCAGUAUCGUAAGGCGAGACGCGCCAUUGCAGCAUUCACACGUCGCAUACACUGCGCGAAUGCGUACCGGUACCGCAAGCAAAGUGAGUUUAUGCGGGUGUGCUACUUGCGGGCACUGGAGAACGGACCGGGGUAUGAAUUGCUGGCAACGGCUAAACAAUCACUUCUUUUUGCGUCUCAGAAGGAGGGCGCGGUGGAGACGACUGUACCGAAGUUAUUCCCGAGGAAGUGGCCGCACCUGCCUUACAGAAGUCCACUUCAAUGGCAUCACGACACUGAUGCCGCUAUCGAGUUUUUGACUCGCCUUGCCGAGCUGCCUGAAACAAGUUUAGUAUAUGAGCCCAUCGACGUCAACACGUUUGCUGCUGAGGUCACAGAGUUGCUGGAACUCUCAGAAAAUGAGCAGAGAUCGGAGACGGCGUCAGAAAUAUCGGAGUCUGCCUUUGCUGGGCUGCUUGGGUUGCUUGGGAUGGGCAUCCAGUUACAAUCAUUUACGCUUUUGAGCAGAGCGGCGUUGCUCUUUGUCCAGAUGGGGCAAACUACCUACAUCGGCGACAAGUUUUCAGAUGAAGAAACAUCGAUUCGUCCUGAGAUGCGCUCGCUUUUGGAUUUGUAUUGCUCGCGGUUGGCAAAGCACAUUGCAGAGCCUACUCUUGCGGCUACGUAUCCUCGAGAUUUAGCCGCCCAGUGGAAGGUUUGCUCCUACCAACCUUCUACAAGCGAUGCUAUUGCGACAGAUGGGUUGUACUUGUAUAUCUACGGGCGGUCGGGACUUUUCAAGAUUGGUACCGGAAAUGGAACAACUGUGCGCGAUUUCGUGUACGCGCACAACAAGGAGUAUGUCCGCAGCCGCGAUGCGGAGCGAUCGUGGCUAUGUUGCAUUGGUGAUUCGCUCUACUGCCGCACAAUUGUUAUGCCUGGCCACCGGGUGGAUCGCAUCCGAACUACUGACCUGCAAAAUGUGCAGGAACUCGUUUUGGCUCCAAACCGUUCUCUGAUCGGAAAAGGUACAACCGAAAGUAGCGUCUAUGCCAUGGUUACGGAUGGUGUUGACCUCUUCACAAUUCGCUGCAUCGAUACCUACAAAAAGCCUUCGUCAAGCAAAUCAAGUGGCAGUCGCAAGCAUCGAAGCCGCACGCACAAGUCGAGAAAGUCAACUCCAGUGAGUGAAAUUGUGAGCGCCGUACUCGGAAAAAGCGAUAACGAUCCGAUAACCCCACCUCCAUCGCCUGACGUCGCCACCAUUCAAGUGGGAGAUCGCGUCGUUCGUGGGCCUGACUGGAAGUGGUCUAAUCAAGAUGGCGAAAAGGGUAGUCCCGGCACGGUCGAGCGUAUUAGCACGUGGGGAGGUGUAAAAGGCAGUGGAGUAACAGUGCGAUGGGACAAGAAUCAGCGCGUCAAUACUUAUCGCUGGGGAGCCGAAGGAUGCUACGACUUGUAUAUAGUGGUUGAAAAGGAUGGCCAAGCUCUUGAGCGGAAGCCACUUCCCAAUGAUACCAGUUCCCGACAAACUAACAAAGGGAGGGUAUCCAAGGAAGUUGUUCGUGAGAACGAGCCCGAACCACUACCUCGCCACCAGUUCGUGCUAUACCGACACAAGGUUGAUGCGAUUACGUCCAUCAUGAAUCUGGAAGAGCCCGAUAUCGACCUCUUCUUGGAUCUAACGCCGUCGGGGGAUCAGCGGAAACAAGGUUCUAGUGGAGGUAACGGAGAAGCGGAUAGCCAGAGUGGCGUGGAGACUCUUUCUGCACUUCACUCCCAUACCGUUACGUUGUGUACUUCCAAGACGUCUUGGAUGUGCGACGGAGGUAUGUCUAACUGCUUUGGGGACAACUCACCGAAACGCUACCGGUGCACCGCUGGGUGUGACUUCGAUUUGUGUGAAUCGUGUUUGUUUGCCACGGUGAUCGACAAACCAGUCAGUAUUCCAACUUCGGAAGCCGCUCAUGCUGAGGACGGUACUUCCACCAGCGCGGAAACUACCUCAGAUAGUGUGGCUCCUGGAUCUGAUGCUGAACCUGCUGUGGGAGAUGCAACAGAAUCUCGUCUCACGACUUCGAUGUCAACUGAGAGUACAGACCCUUUCUCCUCCGUCGAUACCUCAUUAUUUGAGGAAAGUGAAAGGGAGGCUUCACUGAAGAAAAAGAAGAAAGAGAAAGAAAAGCAAGCGAAACAGACGGAGGAAGAAAUGGUCAAUGAUCUUGCUACAUUUUGGCGCGGGCUGUACACCCACAAGGAAUGCCAGGUAGCCCUCAGAAGAAACGGUUUUCAGCUCAACGAAGCAUCUACGUGGCUGCAUACGUGUGGUGCGUAUCUGCGAGAGCCUAUGGUCAUCCCCACUGUUUCAAGUGUAGUGCUUGCCGCAGCGCCGAAAUCAGGGGCCCUCGACCCAGUGUUACUAAUCGCCGGUACAUGGUACGCUACACGCGGACAGCUCUGCGUGGUUUCACCUCCCGGGUUGUAUACUGUCGGAGAGGAACACAGUGACAAAACGAAAAGCGCGGCAAAUUCGUGCGAUGCGUCCUGGUUUUUCUCACUGGAGAGUGGUGCGUCGCUUGGAGAUAAGCCUAUUCUACUCAAGGGAAUUCCUGCUGGAUCGCCAACGUGCGUGGAUACGACACGGAAACGAAUCCUCGUGUUCUCAGGUUAUUUAAACUGUUUGGAGGAGUACGUGGAUCAUGUCCAGCAAGGCGAACGCUUAAAGUGCGCAGAGACCCAAUGCGACACGCUGGCAGAUAGUGGAAAAGUGAUUAUCGCGCAAAUAGCUCAGCUCACGCGAAAACGUGCAGCUCUUCCAGCGUACAAGCACCCACGCGCGGGGCUGCAGGACAUCUUGUUCCGUACAGGUCGCGAAACAGUUGGAACUGAUAAACAAUCUGAUGGCCGAAGGAGCGAGCCCAAGGACACUGAAUCGGGUACGAAAUCAAGAAAUCGUCGAAUGAAGAAUAUUCGAGCACGAUUGAGCGAGUUGGACAGGCUUCAUGUAGAGGAUCGACCGGGCCACAUUAUUCCGUUUUGUGUCGAUUUUGAGGACAGUGGUUUCCUUCAAAUCAUCCAGGCGUUCAAUUAUUACUGCAAACAGCUUUCAGCUCAGGAAGGGCACCGUGAUGAAAGCGGUGGGCCCCCAAUGGUUAAAGCACCUGUUGGUAUCAACCGACUGAUAGCUGAUCUGCUAUGUAUUUUGACGGAGGCUGUGCAAGAGUUUGACUUUGCGGGUGUAACGGUGAAGAUCGAUCAAGGAGGUGAAACCACGCAGAAACUGUUCAAAGAUACCGAGCACUCAUUAAGAAACGUCGCAGGCCAGCUCUUCGGCGAUCAAACCUCGACAUAUCUGUCCACGGAUACGGUGUCGCACCACGAACGGUCUGAAGUUGUGAAGUCCGCGCAUUUCCUGCUGGUUUGGGGGCUUCGCAAGAGCCUUUUCUGUCUGAACAACCGGCCCGAUUUUUUCAUGUCCACAUGCGAGGGCAUUAUCGGCUCUGCAUUGCAAGAAAAGGUUCCCCACACUUCUCUAAAGCCGCCGCAGUUACCAGAGUCGUUUUUUGCGAUCUUGUUACAGCCACACGAUACCUUAGUAAUGCGAACUAAGCGUGAUUGCGAAGUGGAUCUACUGAGAAGGCUUCUCUACAGUCCUAUGGACGAUGGUCGCAUUGCGAUUGCCGAUUUUGUGCCAACAGAGGACACCGAGUUUUCAAGAUUUGUGGGGGUACUGUUUGAAUUGUCCAAGCUCGAGUGUAGAAUUGCGCAGCGAGAAAAGUGGAUUGUUGACGACGACGGGUUACCAUUCAUGACCCCGGUCAGCAAAGCUUUGCACUCCGUUAUGAAUUAUUGCAGCGCUCGAGUACUUGCUGCCACCCUUGAGCUAACGCCAACAACUUCACUCAAGGAGGCGGGGCAACAAGUCUUAGAAUCAAUUGCAACAUUCGAGUGCUUCACAAAGGCAUGUUUCGACAGUUCACUGGACAUUCUGCAUUGUCACGAGGGCUCAAGUUGCUGGAAUUUACGAUUGUCAGUUGUUGGAACGAUUUUACCGAUGAUUAUCGCCUUCAUCCCGAACUUUCCUGACCACUUUUCGGACGGGUUUCGCGAUUGCUUGGUUACCUUGAUGAAGACGCUGGAUACUCUGGUUUGCUCGGAUGAGAACAAGUCUGAGGCAUGGCAACCAAAGGUGGCACGUAGUGAUGCAGCCAUUUUUGGAGGAUACCAAGUAGUGGAAACGCCCCAUCCAUACAACCAUACGCAGCCAGUGUUUCGUCGUGUAGUACACAUUCCAGGUGCGAGUGUUCUGCACUUUGAGUUCGACUCGCGCUGCCGAACAUCCGGUGAAGCCGACAUCGUUUUCAUUACGUCUGGGUUAGCUUGGUAUCAAGUAGAUCGUCUAUCUUACGGGGACGUUGGUUUUGGCGAAGAUGGUGGGUGCUUCUAUGGCUCAUACUCACGUGGAAACUGGCCCGCUGGUGGUCUUACGAUAGUAGGCGAUACUGCGACGGUCAUGUUGUGCGCUACUACUCAAGGUCGUAGUGGGACCGGGGAUAAACAGCGAUGGGGUCUUAAAUGCACAGUACGUGGGCUGUAUGAUAACCCACGUACAUCGUGGAUCCCUGAGCUCGGGUGUGCUGUAGCAAAUGCCUGCAGUGUGAUUGGAGACAAACUUUUGCGUGGCCUUCCUCUUCAAAGUGUUGAGAAAUCAUGCCAGCCGUGGUCAAUGCAGCACCAGUUAUUCAACUUGACAGCUUCUACUUGCAGAACUCUGAAGUCUGGCAAAUGGAAAUUCAUCGAUAAAAUCGCCAACCGGACGCCGGAAAGCGAGCCAUUCUUCUUGACGCUUUCCAAAUAUGUGCGGCUUCGCACUUUACCGCCUCAGUAUGUAACAGCUCGGUGGACUGAAUCGCUGCAGCAAGCUGCUGCAGCUCUACUCGUCCGCUCAAACUAUCGGCAACUGCAUGCGUGGUUGGACAGCGUGCAAAACCAAACAGCUCUGCCCGAAGAUAGCAAAAAAGCACUUUUCGGUCGGAUUGGAAUUGAACUGGGGAAGUUGGAGCGGUGGAUGCUGCGGCAAGUACAGCUCGUCAAUGAAUGGCACUACCUGUGCAUGGAUAAAGUCAGCUUGGAUGAAUUGAUGGAGCGGUACGCAGACAAUUUGGAUAGGCUAUCGGAGCUAUGCCAGCUCAAGGGUGUCACCUUCAAGAAAAACGAUAUGGUGGGCUGUAUCAAGUUGAUUCAUGAUCUUCUUGCGGCGGAAGUGGCAGUACAAGAAGAACAACAUGUUACGACCUGUGAGAAGGCAUUAAGCGCGCACGAAGCAGUAGCACAAACUGUCUCGACCAGAACGCUAUUCUUGCUGAGGAGGUGGGAGAAAUGUGUAAUGUGUGGGAGUACCAACUCGGAUUCAGUCUCGGAACCACACCAUACGGGAAUAUCGGAAUGCUUGUCCGAUGUAGGCAAGUUUUUGUGCAGCACAGUACCUGUAUCUUCCCUAGAAGAAUGCUCGAUGGCUCACUCGAGUCGGUUGGAGUCUCGAUUGGCUGGUGUUGUAUUCUGCAAGGAGGUAAUCCAGGAGCUAGGCAGCGAAGACAUGACUCAAUUCUUUGUCGGGCGCGUCCUGCACGCUGUUCCUUCGAGCAACCUCAUUCAAGACGAUGGCAUAUUCUCUGGAUGUGCCUUGGCUGACCCUGACCUUCUCGUAAAAACGGAAACUGCGUAA